AUGGCACAUGGCUGCGGCAGGCUCAGCGCCUGCGCCUCCCGCAUAUCCUCCACGACAGAGCUGCGGUGGCGCGCGCUCGUCUUUGCUUGCCUCGUCUUCGGCAGCCUGAUGAUUGCGACCGGUGAGCAUGAGAGCACCCAGGCUGCGACCAACUGGUACGUCCUCUAUGUGUACAGCGGUCUGCUCAUAUUGACGGCGCAAAUGUCAGACACCGCCACCGCCUUCUUCCUCGGCCGCGGCGACUCCGUCUGGACGCAGCUGCGCUAUAUCUUUCUCGGCAGCGCGGCGCCACGGAGGGACGAGGCGCUGGUCGAGCCGCUGGCGCGCGGUGAGGUUGGGUUCUGGACGCUGAUGCCGUCCGCCUUUAUCACGUGGAUCUUUGCAAAGUCAAUCCAGAACGCCGCGGUGCUGGGUGGCUACUUUGGCGUGCUGGGCGGCGUCGGCUACGCGGGCUGGUACACGUCCUUUGCGUCGGCGGCCGCGGUCGGGUACGUGCUUCGGACGAGGCACGGGUUCACCUCGCUCCCGAGGGCGGUCGAGCGCUGCUACGGCCCGUGGGCGAGUGGGUGCUUCUCGCUCGCGCUGCUCUUCCGGCUUUGGAACGAGGUCUGGUCCAACGCGUCCGUGGUGGCGAGCUUCUAUGGAGAGGUGCACUCCACCAACUGGUGGAUCGCGGUGGCGCUGUCGACUGCCGUGCCCGCAACGUACGUCGUGAUGGGCGGCAUGCGCGCCUCGCUCGUCUCGGACCAGCUGCAGGCCCUCCUCGGCGUGACGAUGCUCUUCUCGAUCCUUGGCCUGAUCGGGGACGACAUGCCGGGCGGUCUGGGCGAGGUGUGGAGCUUCAGUCCGCCCGGCGGCUGGCUCGACGGCGGCGGGACGCUGCUCGGCGCCGCGCUGAUCCAGGGCCUCACCUCAUACCCCUUUCACGACCCAGUCCUCACCGAUCGCGCCUUCCUCUCGCGCCCGCGCACGAUGCUCGCCGCCUUUUUCGUCGGCGGCGCCAUCGCGGCCACCUUCAUCAUCCUCUUCUCUGCCGUUGGCAUCUACGGUUGCUACGUUGCAGGCGCCGUCAAGAACGGGGCGCCGGUCGACGUGGCGCGCUCCCUCUCCUCGGCGGCGUUCACCUUCAUUAACCUCGUUAUGAUGACCUCGUCGCUCUCUACCCUCGACUCGACCUUCACCUCGUGCGCCAAGCUGUGUGCCCUCGAGCUGUUUGGCUGGCUCCGCCUCGAAAAAGACGCGCGCCCCGCCGGUAAGCGAGGCCCGCUCGCGCCCGCCGACGCAUCGGUCACGUCGGCGCACAUUGCCCUGGGUCGCGCCUCGAUCCUCUCCCUCGCCCUUGCCGGCGCACUCAACUUGCUUGCCGACACCGAGGCCCUAUCGGCCACCACCGUCUCCGGCACGAUGGUGAUGGGGCUGGGGCCGCCCGUGCUGCUGCUGCUCGCCUGGCGCUUUGGAGCGCCGGACGGCUCCGCGCCGCUCGCUUUCCUCUUCUCCUUCGUGCCAGGCAUCGUCUUUGGCGCUUUGUACUCUGUCGCGACCGCCAAGCGCUACUUCACCGACGAGGACGGCGCCGCAGCGAGCGAGUACCGCUACGAGGCGUUGCGCGAGUCGCUCAUCGACAGGCUCGCGAUGGGUACGGGGCCGUACAGCCUGCUGCUCGGCAUGAACGUUAUUGGACACUGCACCUGCUUUGGAGGCUGCGCCGUCGGCUUCGCCGUCCAUGCCCUGGUGUGGAAGCUGCCACGCACCAUCGGUGAGCCGACCGUCGAGGACCCAAAGACGGGAGAGCGGCGACCGCGCCCCGGCCACAAGCAGGGCGGCGACGCCGAGGAGGCGGAGCCUGCUCAAGCGGUCGGCCUCUGA